AUGGCUGCGAUGGCGUCGGCGUGCCGCGGGCGUACUUUAAAUCAGCUGGCCAGAUGUGACUCGCGGGUGUGUGUAAUGCAGCCUAUAGCAUCAUCAUCAUCAUCAUCAUCAUCAUCAUUACAUGUAUAUAUGCUGCAGCGUAUCUACUGGACAGACGUUGUCUUGAACCCGGAUUUGUGUUCAGUGUCAUCCGAGACCCAAUAUAAUGUUUUGAUCAAGGUACACGUGGCAGUCUGGUCAUUGCUAAACACCCCAGAAGGCCAGCCCACCAGCUGAACACACCAGAUCUACCCCAGGAGCCCAGCCCACCAGCUAAACACACCAGAUCUACCCCAGGAGGCCAGCCAACCAGCUGAACACACCAAAUCUGCCCCAGGAGGCCAGCCCACCAGCUAAACACACCAGAUCUGCCCCAGGAGGCCAGCCCACCAGCUGGACUGGUCUUCUGAUGACACAGCAGCAAGUUAGACCGCCUGGGAAAGCACCGGACCCGUUUGGCUCAGCUGAUAAAUAUGCUGUGUUGGGAUGUGUUGCGGCGGGACUGUCCGGGACGGAUGAGUGGAAGAGAGGGGCAGCGGGGACGCCACGGUCAGUGUUAGUCAGAGAGAGCCGAAAACAUCCUUCUGACCAGCCAGGAGGGAGUCAACUGCAUGAGAGCAGCAUGCAACACAUACCACUGCCCCCAGUGGAUGGGAGGCUACAUCGCAGAGGGCUCACCCUGCCAGUGAUCAACCCAGACAAACUGAGAACAGCCAAGGCCCUGGUGGAGAAAGCUGUAAAGCUGCAGAAGGUGUUUACGGUGCAGGGACCAUAUCCAGUCAUCCGUUCUGCCUUGCGGGCCAGAGGGUGGAUUGAGCGUUGUUUGCCCCGAGCCGCCCAGCGGGUAUCUAAUUGUCAUGGUGAAGAGGAGGAGGAUGGCCAUGAUGGGGAUGACAGCGCUCAGGUCACAGACGGGGUUGAGGAUGGAGUGAAAGAGGAGGACCUCAAUGACCUGUACGACCUCAUGUCCCGCAUGGUCCGUAAUGAAACAACCUUCUUCUACUGGACGACACGCAGGGACUCCAUAGACUGUCGCUCCUUACGGAAGGACCAAAUGACCAAUCACUACGCAAAUGUUGGCACCUUCACCACUAAGGUUGGGCUAUGUGUGAACCUAAGGAACCUUCAGUGGUUCGACACAGCAGACCCAGACACCUUCUUCCCUCGAUGCUACAAGCUCGGGGCACAAGAUGAGAAGCAUGCCUUCAUAGAGGACUUCAGGAGGACGGCCUGCACCAGCCUGCUGCAGUACGUGGCUGAGACAAGAUGUUAUGACAUCGGAGAGGCAGAGGAACCCAAGGUUGAGGACAAAGUCGCUGCCAGACGUGACGGUCAGACGAGACGGAGGAAACACGCUGAAUGCCGAUCUGUUGGUCCGGUAAUGAUUGACAGAGCUCUGCACGUAUGCCAGGAGUUUCUCAGCAGACUUGAACACAGUGACAUUGACGUAUCCAUGGAAACGCCCCCCGCCCUCACAGAGCAGCAGUGGGCGGAGUUUCUGCAGGACUACGGACUGGUUGUGCAUCAAGGUGGGCUGAUCAGAGGUGGUGGUGUCUUUGUGGAGCGCUGCCAGGCCAUGUUAACCAGACUACAGAAGGUUUGCCCACAGCUGGAUACAGAUGGCCUACACAACAUCUGGAUAAUCAAACCAGGGGCCAAGUCAAGGGGGAGGGGUAUAAUGUGUAUGAAUGAUCUAGAUCAUAUCCUGACACUGGUGGACAGUGACCCGGCUCUGAUAAAGGACAGUAAGUGGGUGGUGCAGAAGUAUCUGGAACGUCCUUUACUGAUCCACGACACCAAAUUCGAUCUGCGUCAGUGGUUCCUGGUCACCGACUGGAACCCGCUGACCAUCUGGUUCUACAGAGAGUGCUACCUGCGCUUCUCCACUCAGCCCUAUUCAACAAAAACCCUCGACAGCUCAGUCCACCUGUGUAAUAAUUCCAUACAGAAGCACUUCCUGCCAUCCCCAGACCGGCAUCCAGGACUUCCGGAGGACAACAUGUGGUCUUGCUCGGAGUUUAGGGCUUUCCUGCAGGAGCAGGGGCGAGGGGCGCAGUGGGGGGAGGUGGUAGUACCAGGUAUGCAGCGGGCAGUGGUCCAUGCCCUCCAGACAGCCCAGGACCUGGUGGAGGGACGCAAGGCCAGCUUUGAGCUGUACGGAGCAGACUUCAUGUUGGGCAGAGAUCUAAGACCCUGGCUUCUAGAGAUCAAUGCCAGCCCCACCAUGGCAUGUUCUACUGCCGUGACUUCCCGCCUCUGCCCUGCCGUGCAGCGUGACAUGCUGAGGGUCGUGCUGGACCGCCAGGCUGACCCCAGUGCCUACACAGGAGGCUUCGAGCUCAUCUACAAACAGGCUGCAGUUGAAGUUCCUCACUAUGCGGGAGUGAACCUUUUGGUGGAGGGCGUCCCCAUAAGACGCUCCAGAUCAACACCUCAUAGACGCCCCGUCAUUGCUGACCAAAUCGUCGCCAACCAGCACCCUUCAGAUCAAUCUCCUUUAGAGGAGGCUGAAAGGACAGAUAAGUCAUCCAGUCACAAGAUAUCUACAGCCUCAGUGUGUCACCGCUCAGAAAAAGAGAAUCAUUCUGAUGGAAAUAGAAAUAAGAAGCUGCUGUCUGCAGCUCCUAAGAAGGAACGCGAGGGGAGAACAAUGUGUUGUAAGAAUCCUCGCUCCGGUCGCAGGUCAUGCCAAAGUUUGGCUCCGGAGCAACGGCUGAUGCUGCACACAGAGCCCCAGAGGAAAGCACGGCGCCUGGGUUUGAGGUUUAGCGGUAUCGGGGUUCCUCUGGUCCCCAUGAUGCUAAACUGUCAUUUUAGUCCACCUUGCAGAAUGUCCGACUCUAAACCCCAACGUAAUCCGGUGUUUGAACCACAGCGCUCAAGGCACCACCUCACUCAGACAACUUUGAAGGCCCAGUGUAGGGCUCCUACCCGAGGUCUUUCCCCACUCCAUGGUCCCCUUCCUGCCCUGGAAGUCCACAGGCUACAACUGAACCCCUUGGCUGGAGCCAUUGCUAGACGCUGUCCUAGCCACUCUUCUCCAGGCCUCACCAGGCAUCAGUUUUUCCCCCAACCCCAUAGGCAGACCAUGGUGAAGAACAAAGGUGGUGGCACUUGGGAACAUGAUCACAAGUGAUUUUGAGAGACAGCGAACAUCAUGCAGUCGGGUUGGGGUGGUAAUGUGGAAGUGAGUCCAUCUGCAAUAAUUAUGUUUCAGUGUUUCCAGAUUUUCUAUUCUUAUCAUGACUAUUUUUCACUCUGUCCUUGUCAUGUAACAGGAUGGACACCGUGGUCUUAAUACAUUAGAAGGAAAAUUAUUAAACAUGCACUCUAGGAGCAGAUGUUGCUAGAGACA